AUGGACCAAGCGAAGCUCGGAGCAGAAGCGCUCAGCGCAGCCAACUAUCCUGAAGCCAUCAAACAAUACACAGCCGCCCUGGAAGUCUCACCCACAUCACCCGACUAUCUCAUCAAACGAUCUACCGCGUACCAAAGGAGCACUCCCGCUGACUAUACAUCCGCUCUCGCCGAUGCCAACAGAGCCGUUAUCAAUGCACAGAAGAGAGGCAAGCGUGAGCUCAUCCUUCAGGCUCAGCUCAGACGUGCCAUAGCACUGUUUGGUCUGGAACGCUACCCAGAUGCUCGCUUCUGCCUGGACAUCGUCAAACGUAUGGACCCGAAAGAGAAGACUCUGCCUAUAUGGGAGAGCAAGGUUGCAACCAAGAUGGCUGCUAUGGCUGGCGAGAAUGGAGUGACCAUCGAGGAGAUACCAGACGAGGAAGAGACGCCAGUCGCAAUCCAGACCACAAAGGCGGCAUUGACAUCGACGUCUGCUGCCACGCCUGCACAACCUGCUGCCGUUGCUCGAACACCUGCCGACAAGAUCCGUCACGACUGGUACCAGAACAACGACAAGGUCUACUUCACUUUACUCGCAAAGGGCGUUCCCAAAGACAAGGCUACAAUCGACAUUCAACCACGCUCCCUGACUAUCUCCUUUCCUCUGCAAACUUCCUCCGACUACGACUUCUCACUGGAACCUCUGUUCGCCGAGAUCGACCCCUUAGCCUCAUCCUUCUCCAUCAUGUCCACCAAAGUCGAAGUCGUUCUCAAGAAGUCACAACCCGGUCAGAAGUGGCCAGCUCUCGAGACAAACGAGCCUGUCGACCAAAGUUCAACUACCACCACAUCCACCGCUUCAGCACCUGCACAACCAUCCUCAGCUUCACAAAAAGCUCCUUCAUACCCCACAUCCUCUCGCAGCGGUCCCAAGAAUUGGGACAAACUUGCCUCCGAGGCUCUAGCCAAACCCAAGACCGACAACUCGAAGCCCGGAGCCAAGAUUGAAGAUGAAGAGGACGACGAAGGCGGCGAUCCAGUCAAUGGCUUCUUCAAGAAACUCUACGCUGGUGCUGAUGCAGACACUCGCCGUGCCAUGAUGAAGUCGUUCAGUGAGAGCAACGGCACAGCUCUGAGUACCAACUGGGAGGAGGUCAAGAAGGGAAAGGUCGAGACGAAUCCUCCUGACAGCAUGGAAGCCAAGAAGUGGUGA